AGCAUGGGUGAACGUUGUACUGGGGAUGUGUGACCACAAGUUUGAAUUCUCCAUAACUAUAGACAGCUUUCAUUUCUUUUCAUUUUUAAUUUUGAAAAAAAACGACAGCUUUCUUUAAAGUGUUGGGUUUGGUUUGGGACAGUGUUGUGUUGUGUUGGGUGUGAAUAGCAUAGGGUAUCGUGUCGUAAAGUGUUGGGUUUCUUAGCCUACACCGUGUGUCGCAUCUUCAUCGCACAUAAUGCACCUGCUUCUCCAUUAUGCUUCAUCAUUUGAAUGAACCCCUUUUUUUUUUCACUUACCAUUCGCUUCCCUUUUAGUGAAUGAUUUGUCUUUGUCUCCAGAACUUGUAGAAACAAAAACUGAAUUGUUUUGAAUAAAGUACAAAUUCUAAGAUAAACCCAGAAUAUUCAGACACUCCAAGUUUUCCCUCUGCGGAAGAAAAUGGGAAUGGGAACUAGCACCUUUGUUACUCGAUGGAUCAACUUUCUCACCAUGCUUUUGGCCAUUGUUGUGAUAAUUUUUGGAGUGUGGAUGAGCACUCAUCAUGAUGGCUGCAGAAAGUCUCUCACUUUGCCUGUGAUAGGCCUCGGAGCAGUUAUUUUCUUGAUAUCUGUAGUUGGGUUUUUGGGUGCCCUGAAAGACAUCUCCAUACUCUUAUGGGUUUAUCUGAUCUCGCUGUUCAUUGUCUUGAUGGGAAUCCUGGUCUUCACAGUAUUGGUGUUCAUCGUCACCAACAAUGGAUCAGGUCAUAGCGUGACUGGCUUGAGGUAUAAAGAGUAUCAGCUUCAGGAUUUUAGUUCUUGGUUUCUCAAAGAGUUAAACAAUUCUCAUAAUUGGGAGAGGUUGAAGGUUUGUCUUGUCAAAUCUGAAGACUGCAACAACCUAUCCAAAAAAUAUAAGACUCUUAAACAGUAUAAAUCAGCUAAAUUGACGCCAAUUGAAGCUGGUUGCUGCCGACCACCUUCUCAGUGUGGAUAUCCUGCUGCAAAUGCAUCCUACUAUGACUUGACUUUUCAUCCAGUUAGCCCCAACAAUGACUGCAAGCGAUACAAAAAUUCUCGAGCCAUCAAAUGCUAUGACUGUGACUCUUGCAAGGCUGGUGUGGCACAAUACAUGAAAACCGAGUGGCGAGUUGUUGCUAUAUUUAAUGUUGUUUUAUUUGUUGUCUUGUCGAUUAUAUACUUUGUGGGAUGCUGCGCGAGACGAAAUGCUGCGAGAAGGCAUUCUAAAGCUUGAAUGGAAGCAUCAUCAUAACAUAAUUGUUUUUCAAUUUUGAAGGGGAAAAUCAGUGAAACUUCCCAAAUUCGUGUUAUCUUUAGAGGACCCCUUGAUGAUGGAUUGUGCAAUCUUUGUGAACACCAUCACUUCAAUUGUUAAUAUCUUUGAUGUUAUUAUUUGAUUUGAUGUGAAUAGAAAAUCCAAAAUUAGCUAACAUUGGGGUGGUUAUGAUGA